GUGUUGAUCAGUGCUCGCUGGCAUUUUGCUGAUGUGGCCCCAACCCUGCCUCCCUCCCCACUCUGCGAUGGCAGGAGAAACUCGACAGAGCAAAUUGGCGGCAGCCAAGAGAAAGUUAAAAGGAUAUUGGCAGAGAAACAGCCCUGGUGUUCCAGCAGGAGCCAAGAGGAACAGGAAAACAAAUGGCAGCAUCCCUGAGACAGCCACUUCUGGUGGUUGCCACUCACCUGGAGAUUCAGCAACAGGUUUCCACAGGGAAGGCCCUACAUCAUCUGCUACCCUGAAGGAUCUGGAGAGCCCUUGCCAAGAACUAGAAGUAGUCCUGGAUUCAAGGUCUGUAAAAAUCAGUCAACUGAAGAAUACCAUCAAAUCUUUGAAACAACAGAAGAAACAAAUGGAACAUCAGCUGGAAGAAGAAAAGAAAGCAAACAACAAGAAACAGAAACCUGAAAGGGAGCUAGAGGUGAGUGGAGGGUGUGAAGUUUCCUCCUGUCCUCUGGAGAAUGUUUCUUUCCUUCUCUUCAGCACUUGCUUGGCUUUUCUCCCAAAAGUUCAAAUCCAGAGAUUGAACACACAGAAAGGGAAACUAAAUACGGACCUGUACCACAUGAAACGUUCUCUCAGAUACUUUGAAGAAGAGUCCAAGGAUCUGGCUGUCCACCUGCAACACUCAUUGCAGUGUAAAGGAGAGUUAGAGCGGGCUCUCUCUGCUGUCACUGCCACACAGAAGAAGAAGGCAAACCAGUUCUCCAGCAGCAGUAAAGCAUGUAUGGAGUGGAAGUUAGAGCAGUCCAUACAGGAGCAGACACUGCUGAAAGUGCAGCUGACACAGUUGAAGGAGUCCCUUAAACAAGUCCACCUAGAGAGAGAUGAGUAUGCUCAACAUAUAAAAGGAGAGAGGGCCUGGUGGCAGCAGAGGAUGAGAAAAAUGUCGCAGGAGGUUUGCACAUUAAAGAAGGAGAAGAAGCAUGAUACAUGCCAGGUAGAGAAGCUGGAGAGGAGCUUGUCCAAGCUCAAAAACCAGACGGCUGAACCUUUGCCCCUGGAGCCCCCAGCAGUGCCUUCUGAGGUGGAGCUGCAGCACCUGAGGAAGGAAUUAGAGAGAGUGGCAGGAGAGCUCCAGGCCCAGGUUGAAAACAAUCAGCGCAUAAGUCUCCUGAACCGGAGACAAGAACAGAGGCUUCGGGAGCAGGAGGAGAGGCUUCAGGAGCAGCAUGAGAGGCUUCAGCAGCUGGCCAAGCCACAGAGCAUCUUCGAGGAGCUGAACAAUGAGAACAAGAGCGCACUGCAGUUGGAGCAGCAAGUAAAGGAGCUACAGGAGAAGCUUGGUGAGGAGCGCCUGGAAGCUACCAGCCAGCAGAACCAGCAGCUAACAACCCAGCUGAGCCUCAUGGCUCUCCCUGGGGAAGAAGAUGGAGUAGGACAUCUGGACAGUGAGGAGGAGGAGGCACCUCGGCCCAUGCCGAGUGUCCCAGAGGACCUGGAGGGCAGGGAUGCCAUGGUGACAUUUUUCAAGUCCACUGGAGCCAGUGCCCAGGAGAGGCAGGCACAGUUACGAGAGCAGAGCGGCUUUAUGGACCACCUGGAGGAGAAGGCAGACCUGAGUGAGCUGGUGAAGAAACAAGAACUUCGCUUCAUCCACUACUGGCGAGAGAGAUGCCGUCAGAAAAUCCAUCACCUUUUAACAGAGCCAGGGUGCCGUGCCAAAGAUGCGGCACUGGGAGGAGGAUGUCAUCAGGCUGGCCCAGGACAGGGAGGAGAUGAAGGUGAAGCUGCUAGAGCUGCCGCAGAUGGUAUUGUGGCUUAUAGCAACUACAACAAUGGGCACAGAAAAUUCCUGGCUGCUGCCCAGAACCCUGCUGAUGAGCCCGGUCCAGAAGCCCCAGCCCCCCAGGAGCUUGGGGCUGCAGAAAAGCAUGGUGAUCUUUGUGAGGUGAGCCUCACCUCCUCUGCGCAAGGAGAGGCCAGGGAGGGUCCUCCCCAUGACAACCCUACCGCACAGCCAAUCGUGCAGGACCACCAGGAGCACCCAGGCUUGGGCAGCAACUGCUGUGUGCCAUUCUUUUGCUGGGCUUGGCUGCCGAGAAGGAGAUAAACAUCACCAUCAUCAAAGAGCUGCUCAAGAAAUUUUUAAAUAAGAAACCAAGUUACGGGGUUAAUCUCCUACACAAUUCAUUUACUUCAUUUGAAUGUUAGAGUCACUCAUGAUUAUUUGUGUUUCUAAUUUAUAAGUUUAUUUGUAAAAAGUUAAAAGAGAGUGGGUCUCUGUGGCUCUCACUGAUGUUCACUCUGGCAUCCUUUAGCAUUUUUCUUUUUUAAUUUCAUAAUUGUAGGGCAUUAGCAUGCAUAUCGAGUUUGCCCUUAUGUGGUGGGAGUUCAAACACAGAAAGACCCACUCUUUGCACAAAACUGUUCUCAUUGGUUUGGAAUAGGCUGCCAUGCUUUUUUAAUGUUAUUGUAGCAUGUAUAUUCACUACAGAAUUCAGACAAAAUUUGCCUAUGUUCUACUGUUGUUUGAUCUAAUCUUAAUCACAGUGAGCUCUUCAUUAGCUCAAUAUGUGGCUUGCCCCCAAGUGUGCACUGUUUAUUACUUUGUAAUAUGCCACUAUGAGUACUGACAUUUAGGGUUGUUUAAAGGCUGAGAACUGGAAACAGCCUUUCCUCCAUUUUCUGUGUAUUGGUGAUGGGAGUAAUAACAUUUUGGGGGAGCUUUUUAAAUCUCACAGAAGAGGAAAGUGGCCUCCUCUGGCAGGUAUGUGCAGGAUAGAGUGUGUUUCAUUUGUUCUGGUGCCAAGAAUUAGCGCUGUAUUAUGGUGGUUCCCUUAGGAUUUGUAUGUGCUCUGGGCUCAUGAAGAUAUUGCAUCAGGAGCUGCAGCAGUUGUACUCUUUUUCAAUGACCUUAAAAGGGAUUAUUUCUGAGGAAUGAAAGGUUCCCAUCAUUGACUGUGGAUGUGGAAAACCUUUCCUAGCUUAGAGCAUUUGUAUCUACAAUACAUUUUAAAGUCAGAGUUCAUGUUCCCUGUUUUAAUCACAUGACUACAUGCCUCAGUUCACAAAAGGGCGCUGGUUGGCAUUCUUCUUAAUGUAUUUAGUGACGAUCAUAAGAAUCCUUUACGAGUUCAAAUGUCCCUGGAACAGGCAUACAGGCUCUAGUCAAGAAUGAAUUAGAGUGAAGGAAAGCUGUGUGGUGCCUGGCAUUCCUCUCUGUUCAUGGAGCUUCUUUGAGGCUUGAAGAUUGAUUUUGCCAUCUAGACGUCUCUGGCUAAUACCUAUUCUUCAACCACCUUGGUUACUCUGACAUAGGAAUUUACUUCUUUCCUUGAAUGGAAAACACUUUAAAAAAUAAUAGAAACAUUAUUAUAAACUAAUAUAUGUGAGAGUACUUAGGUGAAACAAAAAGGAGUUUUAGUAGACAGUAUUAUACUAUAUUUGAAAAUCAAGGAGAAGUUUAUGCAACUUAAAAUGUUUCCAAACUGCAGUGCAACCUACUGUUCGUGAAUGUCAAUGUAUUAUCAGGAAACGUGUCUAUACAAUCACACAGUUAUAUUUUCUCACAGACUUCUUUACAAAGAGUGAAAUAUGUUUUGUACUGCUCAGUUUCAGUUAGGGACACAUUUUGUGCAAUAUUUAUGUGAUUGUGCCUAUGUGUGAUGAAUAAAUGCAUUUCAGUCA